CCGCCGCGCGGCCAGGUGUUUCCGCCACAGCUGUCACUGACGUCACACAUGUCGUCUCCAGCGCUGCUCAGUCUGCUGCGAUGUGGUCGCUCCGCCGUCGCCAGACAAACCCUCCUCGCCGCGCGCUCCUCACCUGAAACCUCCGGACAGGUGGGCGGGGCUUUGCUCGGGCUGGUGGGCACGCGGCGGGCCAGCGGCUCCGCGCGCUUCGACAGCGACGGCAGCGGGCGGCCGGUCACCUGGGACUCAUUCGGUAUCUGGGACAACAGGAUAGAAGAGCCGAUACUGCUGCCGUCCAGCAUCCGAUACGGAAAACCCAUCCCACAGGUCAGCCUGUCUCGGGUCGGCAGCGCGUCGGUUUUGGGUCUCAGGAAGCAGAACGAGGACCGUCUCCGCAUCGCUCGUAUCCAUGACAACCUGCUGUACUUUGCCGUGUUCGACGGCCACGGCGGUCCGCACGCCGCCGACUACUGCCACACCUUCAUGGAGAAAUUCAUCAGGGACGCUCUGGAGGACGACGACGACCUGGAGAGAGUUUUAAAGAAAGCGUUUUUAGACGUCGACAAGGCGCUGCACACACACCUCAGCUACUUCAACAACG